CUGUGAUGUCUUGCAGUUUCUUUUUUCCUGUCUCACCAGACAUUUUGCCUUGCUCGACGGCUCUUUACAGUGGUUUUCGGGGUACCCUGUCCUAAUAUCAUCUUGACAAGGUCCCUUUGCGGUUGUGCGCUGAUUAAAGCGCUUCACGAGACAGUUCUUUGAGCGAUUGCCGCCCUGCCAUGUUCAGCUCUUGACAUCCUUGAUGCAGCCUCCGGAAGGUGUGCAGGUCGACCUGGGCAAGGCCCAGGUCAUUGACCGUGUCCCCAAAGUCAUUAAGGAAUUGAAAUUCGGUGUUUUAUCCAACGAUGAUAUUGUCAGCCAAGGCGUGGUUGAAGUUUCCGACCGCAAGUUCUUCGAUCUUGACCGGGAUAGGUCGGUCGUCGCCCAUGGCCCCCUCGACUCGCGUAUGGGUGUGUCCAGCAAAUCUGCAUCGUGUCAGACGUGUGGCGGUGCCCUUCAAGUUUGUAACGGCCAUUUCGGCCAUGUGAAACUCAUCCUACCAGCAUUCCAUGUAGGGUACUUCAAGCGCGUCAUUACCAUCUUGCAGGAGAUUUGCAAAGAAUGCUCACACAUAUUGCUCCCCGAGGGCGAACGACGUGCUUUCCUCCGUGAAAUGCGACGCCCGGGCUUGGAUAAUUUGAGAAGGUUGCAAAUAGCGAAGCGUAUCAACGAGCGGUGCCGUAAAACUCGGCAUUGUGAUAAGUGCGGUACUGUCAACGGUGUAGUCAAGAAGGCUGGAACGAGCGCGCUCAAAAUUACCCACGAUAAAUUUCGUGCCUUCAAUGCCUCCACCUCUGUUAAGAAGAUUCCUCCCCCGAGCAAAAUUGUUUUCGACCGAUCGUUCGAAGAAGCUAGAAGCCAUAAUGCGGAAGUUGAAAAGCACUACAAGAAAGCACAGGAUGAUAUGAAUGCUCUGCGUGUUUUGAACCUCUUUAAGAGAAUCUCCGAUACCGACUGCGAACUAUUGGGAUUGAAUCCGAAGGAAGCCAGACCUGAAAUGUUUCUCUGGCAGUAUAUCCCUGCACCUCCCGUGUGUAUCCGUCCUUCUGUAGGCCAGGAUGCUUCCUCGACCGAGGAUGACUUGACUGCUAAGUUGGGCGAUAUUGUCCAGAGUAACAUUAACCUUAAGAACGCACUACUCAAGGGUGCGCCUGUCCAGACCAUCAUGGAAUGCUGGGACUACAUGCAGCUUCAGAUUGCGGUCUACAUCAACAGUGACGUCCCUGGUCUAAACAAGGCGGACUUAGGAAAGCCUAUUCGUGGUUUUGUGCAACGACUGAAAGGAAAGCAGGGUAGAUUCCGUGGUAAUUUGUCUGGAAAACGUGUUGAUUUCUCUGGCCGAACUGUCAUUUCACCUGACCCAAACUUGCGGGUUGACGAGGUCGCUGUUCCCGAGCUCGUGGCAAAGAACAUGACGUAUCCUGAGGUGGUUACGCGGUAUAACAAGGAGAAGCUACAGCAGAGGGUUCGAAACGGAACUAAGAAGUGGCCGGGAGCAAACUACCUCGUCAAGAGAGGUUCAACCUUCAAGACCUUCCUGAAGUACGGUAGUCUCAACAUGAUUGCCGACCAGCUGCAAGAGGGAGACGUUGUUGAAAGACAUAUCGAGGAUGGCGACAUUGUGCUCUUCAAUCGUCAGCCCUCUCUUCACAAACUCAGUAUUCUUUCUCACUUUGCCAAGGUCCGACCUCACAGAACAUUCCGGCUGAACGAGUGUGUUUGUAACCCAUACAAUGCCGAUUUCGACGGAGACGAGAUGAACUUGCACGUACCUCAGACUGAAGAGGCGAGAGCGGAAGCUAUGGAGUUGAUGGGCGUGAAGAACAACUUGGCAACGCCCAAAAACGGUGAACCCAUCAUUUCUGCUAUCCAAGAUUUCAUUAGUGCUGCCUACAUUUUGAGUAGCAAGGACAAUUUCUUUGAUCGUCGCUCGUUCACGCAGAUCUGCCUCUACAUGCUUGGCUCGGAAACUCGUUUUGAUCUGCCUCCACCUGCUGUGCUUAAGCCACAGAUGCUUUGGACAGGAAAGCAGGUUUUUAACAUUCUCAUGCGCCCCAACAAGGACGAUCCUGUAAUGGUCAAUUUGGACGCCGCGUGCAGAGAAUAUAAGGCGCCCAAGGAUGGCCGUCCCAAAGAUUUGGAUCCGAAAGAUGGAUGGCUGGUUAUUCGUAAUUCGGAGGUCAUGUGUGGGGUGAUGGAUAAAUCCACAAUUGGUUCAGGAAAGAAGGACAAUGUCUUUUAUAUUAUGCUGAGAGAUUUCGGUCCUGCUGCAGCGGCCGAGGGCAUGAACCGCUUGUCGAGAUUAUCCGCUCGUUGGUUCACGAACAUGGGUUUCUCUAUCGGUAUCACAGACGUCUACCCUAGUGAGAAGCUACUACGCUCUAAGCAUGACUUGGUAGAAACAGCAUACGCACAGUGUGACGAGGUUAUUGCCAAGUUUAAGGCGGGCACCCUGGAGAAGUUCCCUGGAUGUGAUGAACUGCAGACUAUGGAAAACCAGCUUUCAGGUAUUCUGAGUAAGGUCCGACAGCAGGCUGGUGACGAAUGUAUCGCCCAGCUUAGCAAAUACAACUCUCCACUGAUCAUGGCCACAUCUGGAUCCAAGGGUUCCAGUAUCAACGUGUCCCAAAUGGUUGCCCUUGUCGGUCAACAAAUUAUCGGCGGCCAGCGUGUGCAAGACGGCUUCCAAGAUCGAACAUUGCCUCAUUUCCCGAAGAAUGCUCGCCAACCUCCCUCGAAGGGUUUCGUACGCAACAGCUUCUUCUCCGGCCUGGAACCGACCGAGUUCAUUUUCCACGCCAUGUCCGGUCGUGAAGGUCUGGUCGAUACGGCUGUCAAGACCGCCGAAACUGGUUACAUGUCUCGUCGUUUGAUGAAGUCCUUGGAAGAUCUCUCUUCACGGUACGAUGACACUGUGCGGAACUCUUCCGGUCAUAUUGUCCAGUUCCAGUACGGUGAUGACAAGCUGGACCCCGUGGACAUGGAGGGUAAGGCUAAGCCCGUUCACUUCGACCGGACGUUUAUUCACUCCGAAUCGAUCACCUAUGAAAAUGACGAGCGCAGUUUGCAGCCCGCUGAGAUAAUGGAAGUCUGUGAGGAGAUGCUUUCUAAGGAGCGUGCCAAACUGGUCCGGAAAGACCUGCUCGAUACUGAGCUUGGCUACAUGGACCGGUCCAAUCAUGGUGUUGAUCAGUUUGAAAGUGCUCGCGACUUCCUCGAGUCUAUCCAGCAAUACGUUUCUACCAAGGCAGAUAAGCUGAUCUCUCGAGGCGGUGACAUCGACCCCUCGGACGAGAGAAGUAAGCAGGGCUUGAACCAUACCGGCAAGCUGACCGAGAAGACCCUGAGGACCUUCAUCACUGCAUGCUUGAUGAAGUAUAAGAAGGCCCAGGUCGAGCCCGGCCAUGCGGUGGGUGCAGUUGGUGCGCAAUCCAUUGGUGAACCAGGUACUCAGAUGACCCUGAAAACCUUCCAUUUUGCUGGUGUCGCUGGUAUGAGUAUUACUCAGGGUGUACCCCGUAUUAAAGAAAUUAUCAACGCCUCCAAGGAAAUUAGUACGCCGGUCGUGUCUUGCGAACUUGUUACUAAAGACAACGUUAUUGCGGCUCGGAUUGUGAAGGGACGUAUUGAGCAGACGUAUCUCAGGGAUAUUAUCCACUAUGUCCGAGAGACCUGGACUGGCAAAGAGGCUUACAUCACUGUCAAGAUCAACUGGAAGACCAUUCAAGACUUGGCCCUCGAGCUGAAGAUCCAGGAUAUUGUUACAGCUAUCAAGAACCACAGACGCUUUAAGUCUGACGACCUGAAGUUCCGCUACCAGCGGUCUCAUAUCCAUAUUCAUAUGGAUGUUGAUCCUGCUAGUAAGCUCGGCCUCUCAAAGACGGAAAUUGCUGCAACGAGUGCCGAUCCUUUCCUGCGGUUGAAGCAUCUCAAGCGCCUCCUUCCCGACAUACAGGUACUUGGCCACCCUCAAGCCUACCGUGCAAUCAUUCGGACGGAUGAGACGUCGACUACCAAUACUCUGCUCGUGGAAGGUUAUGGUCUCAGGGCAUGCAUGAACACUAUCGGUGUUGACGGCCUCCACACGUCUACCAACAACGUGAUGGAGAUGCGCGAUGUCCUUGGUAUUGAAGCUGCCCGGACGACAAUCGUUCGAGAAAUUAGUGAGGUGAUGAAGGACAUGGACAUCGAUCCUCGACACAUGCAGCUUCUUGCUGAUGUCAUGACUUACAAGGGUGAAGUUUUGGGUAUCACGCGAUUCGGUCUCGCUAAGAUGCGUGAUUCCGUCCUUCAGCUGGCCUCCUUCGAGAAGACCGCCGAUCAUCUCUUUGAUGCGGGUGGAGCGGGUCGUGCUGAUCUUGUUGAAGGUGUUUCGGAGUGUAUCAUAAUGGGUAAGACGGUGUCUCUUGGUACCGGAGCCAUGGAAGUGGUCCGUCGGAUGAAUUUCUUCGAAGGCCAGAUCGGCGCCAAGAAGACGACUUUCGAAGACGCAUGGAAUGAAAUCCACGAAGCACCUCUAGAAGCCAAGGUUAGGGCGAGGAGGAGGGCCCGGGCUUGAUUGUACUCCACUGCGAAAGAAAAAGGCAAAAAAGUCCUCAUAGGUUUGGCUGUUUGAUACUUUACAAAAGUGCAUCACACGGCGUUGGAUAAGUGUGCAUCUGUCUUUUUCUUCUUUUUUUUUUCUUUUUGCUUGGCUGUUCAUGAUCAUUUCCCGGUUUGCGCAUUAGCGAUACAGAGGUGGUAGUGAUGGAUGGUAAAUCCUAUCCUUGUACUAUUUGUUACCAUAUGAAUCAAACGAUGAUAUGUA